CGGAGGCCGAGGCGAUGGGGUGGCUGGCGGGGCCCGCGUGGGCCGGGAGGGGCCUGCGCGUGGGGCUGGCGGUGGCCGCCGCGGCGCUGGUGAUCCAGGCGCUGCGCAGCUGGGCCUCCUCCUCCCACCGCCGCUACGAGUUCGAGCCCGAGGAGAUCGCGCGCCUCGCGAAGCACCACGCCGGUUUGGACCAUGAGCUGGCCUUCUCCAAGAUCAUCGUGGAGUUGCGCAAGAAGCACCCGGGGCACAUAUUGCCGGAUGAGGACCUGCAGUGGGUGUUCGUCAACGCCGGCGGCUGGAUGGGCUCCAUGUGCCUGCUGCACGCCUCCCUCUCGGAGUAUGUGCUGCUCUUCGGCACAGCCGUGGAUACCGGGGGCCAUUCGGGUCGCUAUUGGGCCGACAUCCACGACACCAUCAUCUCGGGCACCUUCCGGCAGUGGAAGGAAGGAAUGACGAAAAGCGAGAUCUAUUACCCAGGAGACACCAUCGUCCACCGCUCCGGAGAGGCCACAGCCGUUCAAUGGAGCGCUGGCACAUGGAUGGUGGAGUACGGCCGGGGGUUCAUCCCUUCCACGCUCGGCUUCGCCCUCGCCGACUCUGUUUUCAGCACUCAGGAUUUCCUUACGCUCUUCUACACCGUGCGCGUCUACGUCAAGGGGCUUCUCCUGGAGGCCGGUACCUACUUCAGCGACACGGGGCACUGAGCGUCUUGUCUUCCCCACCUUACCUUUGGGAGUGGGAAGCGC